UCAAAUUGUCAAAACGGACAGCUUUUUAAGUCCAUGGAGCUAACAGAAACCCAAACGUUAUUUAGAUCCCAAACAUCCCAAGAGCAGAACAGGUUUGGAAUCUUCCAGGUUCCAUCCCUCUUUCCUUCUUCCCUUCUCUUCCUUCUCUGCCCUACUGAUUCUUCCCCUUUCCAAUCAUCAUUCUCUCUCCCUCUUUGCAGACAUGAUACAGUGAUCCAAACCUUAAUUCUCUUCGUUUUCGUUUCCGUUUCGAUUCUUGUUUCAAUCUUACAGAUGAAAUUCUAUUCGAUCUUUCUUCUUUGCUAUUUGCUGUUUUUUGCGGGGUUUUCCGCUUCUGAGGGAGAUCUGCCGGAGUUAGAGGCCAAAGAGAUUGUUACUGUGUCCAAUCCUUAUGCCGACGGACCCGAUGGCACAAUAUAUGCUGCGACCAGAUCUCUACUGUCGCUUCCAUCUGCACAUGACACUGGACAAGAGGAUGUCCUUCCCAUCGUUGCUUCUCCAGAUGGUACGAUUUAUUCCGUGGACAUUGAAUCUAAAAAGAUACUCUGGUCGUUUAAGUCAGGUCCGCCCAUUUAUUCUUCGUAUCAGGAUCUUCUUAACCCCGAUAAGGACAAGGAAAAGGAAAAUGCCUCUGGAUUGAAUUACAACUUCUUCGUUUAUUCUGGAGAUGACUGGGAGCUGUAUGUGCACUACAGGAACUCUGGUAAAAAAACGAGACUUGGGAUGACCCCAGAAGAAUUCAUUAGAAAUACACCAAUCAUAUUAGAGGAUGGAAGCGUCACUCUUGGAUCAAAGAGAACUACUGUUUUUCUUGUAGAUGCCAAGACUGGAACUGUGGUUUACACAUAUAAGAUUGCUCCAUCUGCAUUACCAAUGAAGAUUGAUGAAGAGAAAAGUCUUGUAUCCAAGCAAGAUAUGGAGGACUGGGUACACCCUGUUCCUGUGGAUCUGAAGUCAGUACAACCACUUUACAUCACAAGAACUGAUUAUGAAUUGCAGUCUUUUGCUCCAAGCUUGGGUAAGGUCUUAUGGAAUAUGACAGUUGCUGAAAUUGGGCUUGUUGAUACCUGUCAAGGAAGUGUGAGUUCACCUGUUGCUGCUCCAUUUGGUCGAAAAACUGGGCUUGGUUUAGAAUAUCAGGAUGAUACUGAGACACGGUCACCAUGUAGAAGAAGGGGUAUUGUCUUCCGACUUCGUGAUACUGGUUUCUUACAAACAUUUUCUGAAUUUGAUCAACUAUCAGAGGCUCAUUUUGAAGGCCCCGCAUCCUCUCAACUCGUUCCAAGCCAGGCACUUUUAUUGCCAAAGUCUGAUGAUUCACACUGGGCUUCCCAUGAUGUAGAAAAAAAUUGUGAAGUGGAGAAAAAGUGUCUCACAGUAAUGGGUAGUGUGGAUGGGCACAUGGUGAGCAUGAAUGAUACUGGCAAACAGGAUGUGGUGAAGUAUUUCGACGAUGUUACUGGUUCACUUGUGCCAAUUAUCAGUCUAUCUCUACUUUUUGUACUGUGCUGUGUGGGCUUUGUCAUGUACCGUUCAUUGGCAGCUAGAGAACAAAGUAAAAUGGAUAAGCAGCUGAAGGAUUCCAAAGGACACACUGUAGGGUCUAAGAAGAAGAAAGCCCGUAAACCUGGAAACUGUGUCAACAAAGAGAAAGAUGGUAAACAUGUCUCGUCUGAAAGUGACGAUCAAGAAAUUAAUGAGCUUCCACUGUGGGAUAUUUCAAAAUUAUUUGAUGGUGGUGUGGAUGGACGUAAGAUUGGGCAGCUAUUCAUAUCCAGUAGAGAAAUUGCUAAGGGAAGCAAUGGUACUGUUGUUCUUGAGGGAAUUUAUAAUGGCCGUCCUGUUGCUGUCAAACGUCUUGUAAAAACUCAUCAUGAUGCGGCUUUUAAAGAGAUUCAAAAUCUUAUUGCAUCUGAUCAGCAUCCAAAUAUUGUUCGAUGGUAUGGAGUGGAGUAUGAUCAAGAUUUCGUCUAUCUUUCUCUCGAGCGUUGUACUUGUAGUUUAAGUGAUUUGGUUCGAACAUACUCAGAUUCUUCUCCAAGUCCUACAUUAAAUAAGGAUCAGGCAACAAACUCAAUGAAUGAGUAUAAUGUUCGGUUGGAUUCUGCAAUAGGACCUAGCAAGGAUAUUGAAUUGUUGAAGAGGAAUGGGCAUCCUUCACCCCAAUUGCUAAAACUGAUGAGGGAUGUGGUUUGUGGCCUAGCACAUUUGCAUGAACUGGGAAUCAUUCAUAGAGACUUGAAACCUCAAAAUGUGUUGAUCACAAAGGAUCGAUCAUUAUGUGCAAAACUCUCUGAUAUGGGUAUUAGUAAGCGCCUCAAUGGGGAUAUGUCUUCCUUGGGUCACAAUGCUACUGGUUGUGGUAGUUCAGGUUGGCAAGCACCUGAACAGCUCCUUCAUGGACGCCAAACACGUGCAGUAGAUUUAUUUAGCUUAGGCUGUGUCCUCUUCUUUUGCAUCACUGGAGGUAGACAUCCAUUCGGGGACCAUCUUGAACGUGAUGUAAAUAUUGUGAAGAACAAUAUGGAUCUUUUCCUGGUAGAGCAUAUUCCUGAAGCGACGGAUCUUCUCAUUCAGCUAUUAAAUCCUGAUCCAUUAUUGAGGCCCAAGGCGAUGGAUGUAUUGAACCAUCCUUUGUUUUGGAGUUCUGAGAAACGGCUCUCAUUUCUUCGAGACGCCAGUGACAGGGUAGAAUUAGAAGAUAGAGGAAUUGAAUCUGAUCUCGUAAACGCAUUAGAAAGUGUUGCACCUGUAGCUUUGGAUGGGAAAUGGGAUGAAAAGAUGGAAACUGCAUUCAUCAAUAAUAUUGGCCGUUACAGGAGAUAUAAGUUUGGUAGUACUCGUGAUCUGUUACGGGUCAUGCGAAACAAGUUGAAUCAUUAUGGAGAACUUCCAAAAGAAAUCCAGUUUUGUUUGUUUCAGGAAAUUCUUGGACCAGUUCCUGAAGGAUUUGAUGGUUAUUUUUCAUGUCGAUUCCCCAGACUCUUAAUUGAAGUGUAUAAAGUUGUAUGCACAUACUGCAGGGAAGAGGAGUGCUUUUCAAAGUAUUUCAAGGAUAGUCUCUUCUAAUUUUAACUUGUUUCUGUCAUAAAGUGACCUCGCUUACUGAAGCUCUACUUCUUAGAUAUCUUAACAACGUAGGUACCCUGUGUAAUUGACUGUUUAUUGUUGUAAAUAAUAAAUGUAAUUCGUAUUAUUAUGUGUAUCACUCUUGAUUAAUCUGAAGGUUCAUUUUACUUA